UUGGCUUUCUCUGUAAGAAGAAUUUAAGAGGCUCUAGAAGUUCAGUUGUAUCAGACUCGGAAGGUCUUGCACGAACCAAAGUUCUGUAGGGGACCUCUUAAAAGAACCGCAGAUCCUACUUAGAAAUUACUGUCAAAACAACGUGAUAGGAAGAUCAAUUCGCACGUCGAACUGUCAAGUGACUUUUGAAAACUCUACACUUAUAAGUGACUGUAAAUGCGAUUUACAUGUUCCUGCUAAGGAAGUUUGACACGUACUCUGUCCAGCCUAAGCAGUGAACAGUUGCUGCUGAAAAAUUGUCGCUACGCUUUUGAAGUCUCUCACUUUGUUUACUUCAGGCAUUUUAUUUGCAGCAGUACUUUCUCUCUGGAAACAUGUCUCUAUCGAAUGUGGUGCGACGCACCGUCAUCCUGGUCAUUUUGAUUCUGUCAAAUGCUUCACUGCAAUCCGCAAAUCAACACAUUGCAAGAAAAAAUGUCAAUGAAGUCACAACCACAAGAUCUCAACCGAAAAAAUCCAUACCGAAGACUCCUCAAGUCGACCAUGCACUGUGUAAACAACCGAUUUUUCCGAUUCUUCCCCCCGGCUGGGCCCUGCCACGCUCCUUGUGGUCUGUCCGCGCCAUGAUGUUUCUGCAGAUUUUACCGGACGGCACCAUUAACGGAACUCUGAGUGUUCAUGAACACACAAAACUGGCGAUGGAAGUUGUCGACAACUGCAGUGUGCGGAUAAAAGGCGUGGCCACUGAAAGAUAUCUCGCUAUGGGGAUAAAUGGAACCCUCGUCAGCCAGAUUCAUCCAGACCAGAUCAGAUCCAUUUUCAGAGUACAGUUAGAGAAGGAGUUUUUUACUUUCAAGAAUGGCGACUUUUUCAUCGCGUUGAAACAUGGCGGCACCACCAAGAAAGUCAGAGGAAAUCAAAAUGGUAGAAGUAACCGGCGGAGCACUCGCUUUGUAUUGCUGGACCGAAAACCGAGAAAACGAAGAUUUCCGUCAGCUGUCGGCUUGCAGAGAAUGAAAGACUUUAGACCGAAACUCUUUGAGGGUUUGAAAAAUCACUAACCUGAGAUAAGGAAAAAAAAUCGAUUUUUUUGGUAAAAUAGCAAGUCUUCUUGAGAACCGUACAUUAAGCAUUUGCAAUUUAAAAUCUUAGUCUAACGACCCCGAGUUUGUCUCAAUUUUUUUUUGUUUGUUUGUUUUUCACCAUAAGCAAAAAGCAGUGAGAACAGUUCAACUGUUUUGUUUUAUUUGCUAAAAAGAGCAUGCUAAAUUAAGUAGUAUCGCAGCAGAGCUUGAAAUGAGUGAAUGAACUCAUCGGAAGAGAAAGGUGUUGUUAUUCUCUAUAUUUUCCUUCUCUGUAACUCCAAGUUCGAGUUAAGAAAUCAUUUAAUUAAAAAAUAAUAGGGACUAAAUUAACUUUUUUUCGCUUGUCAAAAAUCGGACAGAAAACUUUGUAAUAUUAAGACCUCAGAUAGUCUGGAUUUCCACUUCCUGAAGUUCCAAAAAGAUUACAUACGCUUAAAUGAGCCUAUCACCGCAACUUUUACAACUGGUGCAAUACACCAGCAGGAUUAAGUCUAAUCUCAGUUCCAGACCUUCAUCAAUUAAGCAGCUCUCGAUCAGGAUCAUUCAGGGUUUGGAAAACGCCAUAUAUUUUCACACACACACAAUCACAAUUCCUUUUCACACAGUUAGCCGCUUAGCUCUACCGCGUUGGCUUCCUAAAGCGUUUUGAAAAAAUAGAACUUAAUUUCACAGGAGCUAUAUUUCAGUCAAUCAAGUAGAUGAUUUAAAUCGUAUUGUCAGUUUAUUUAUAGAUUAACUGUUAGAAAGAGAACAAAAAUUAAAAAUAAAUUAAGCUCGAAAGCUGUGAAUAAAAUAUUGUAGUAUGUAACUUUUAUUUCUUUUUUCGGACUGGCAGACAGUGUCAGAUAAUAUGCUGUGAGGACCCCUGUAGGGCCUUGCUCACAUAAGUACAGCGGGUAAAAAAGUAUCUGUUUUAGUGCCAACUUAAACGAUGAAAUAUCGUUAUGCCAGUUUUAAGACCUUUUUAGAACGCUCCGUUCUCAUUGACAAUUUCAUGUGAACAAUAAGCGACAAUGAAUCAGAAGAAAUGCGUUUUCAAAUAAAAUACAUUUGUGUGGUUGGAGCCAGAGAUGAUCCUAUCGUCUAGGCAGUAAAAAUCAUUGUUAACAUAAUGAACAGACGCUAUAAGACCGUAUUGUAUCUAGAGAAAAGCAGGAAAGAAAACUAUCGUUAAGAGUGUUCCCUUUGUCAUUUUAAUCGUCGUUUAGAAAAUAGUAAUGUUUCCUAGACAACUUAUACGUUGUUCAGUUUUAAAUUGAUUGGCAGCGGAACAUAAAAAUAAAUAUUGA